AUGAGCCAUGGCAACUCUAACGAUGCACGCCUAGAGCAAAAAUUCGCUCACCUAGGCAUCAGGGAUAAUCCAAGUUCGGGGAAACCUACCGCUGGUCGUUACGUUCCUCCCCAUUUGAGAG